AGUUCUGGCCAUCUUUAGGAAGCCUCCUCCUUUUGAACCUGCACCCGACCCGAAUUCUGCUCCCAAGGACAAGUCUUGGAUCGAUCAAAGGACUGAAGAAGAACUUGAAGAUCUCGAAGAUGAUCUGGAUGAUGAUCGUUUCCUUGAAGAAUACUGAAAGAAGAGGCUAGCUGAGAUGAGGGAAGCAGCUAAGGUUUCAAAGUAUGGAUCAGUGAUGCAGAUUUCAGGAUCUGAUUUUGUCCGAGAGGUUUCACAAGCUCCUCAGGAUGUCUGGGUGGUUGUCCAUCUCUACAAAGAAGGAUUGCCGGAGUGCGGGCUGCUUCUACGGUGUUUGGAAGAAUUGGCAGUCAAAUACCCUGCCACAAAGUUUGUCGAGAUAAUAUCCGCCGAUUGCAUUCCUAAUUACCCAGAUCGUAAUCUUCCAACUCUCUUGGUGUAUAAUAGUGGAGCAGUAAAAGCAAAUUAUGUUGGUUUGCAUAGUUUUGGCCGGAGAUGCACGCCUGAAGGUGUGGCCUUAGUUCUUUGUCAAUCAGAUCCUGUACUAAAUGAUGGUCAAAGUGGGAGUGACCAAUCACAAAAGGCUGUUCUUGAAGGAGUUCGAUGGCGGUUUAUCGAAAAAGUUGUUACUGAGCAUGAGGAUCGGGACGACGGAGGAUCGCCGAGUGAUUAGAUGUUCAGUACAUUCACUUGGUUUCUUUCGGCU